AUGAGAUAAUAGUAUUUUACCUUAUAGAAUUCAAUUCAAUAUCUCCAAGAAUAUAACGGCUUCUAGGAAUUUACUGAGAUAAAACUAACCGAUCAUAAUAAUGAACGAUAUUUAUAUCCUGUUUUAACAUCAAAAUGCAAACAUAUUAAGUAUGCCACCAACUUAGAAGAAGUUCUCAAUGCAAUUAAUAUUUCAGGAUUUUUCAAAUGCGAAUGUAAUAAUCUAGCUCGCCAUCCCAGCUAAUUACAAAAGGAUAUCAGAUGGGAUGCAAAUGAGGAAAUCAAUGAAAUCUUUGAUGAUGGACUAGUAAUUCAUAAUAAAUUAUUCCAUCAUUUUAAAAGAGCUAGGAGAUACAAUACAGCACUUACGGAUUAAUUUGUUCUUUCUAGUUUAAAAAUAUUGCUAGAAUAAUAAAAUUCUAAUAAUAUUAUCCAAAUAUUUUAGAGAAUGAUGUAAAAUUAUUAAACUCAAAAGCCAAUCUAUUUUAAAGCAAUGUGCCUAUUAGAUCUUGUAUCACUCAAUAUUCCUGUAAGAUUCUUUGGUUGUCAACAUCCAGAAUGCUAUGAUUUAGCCAGUUUAUUGGUUUAUUACAAUGAGAAUUCCAUCUAUUAAAGCUCCUCUGAUAAAUUAAAAUAGUUCAAGUGUAAAUAAAGGACAUGUCAAGUUAAAGUAGAUAUUUCAACUGUAUAAAAAUUAUUUGACAAUAUCUACAUUGAAACAGAACUCUUAAAAAUUAUUCAGAAAGGGUUACCCAGUAUUUAUUAAUACAGCUAUAAUCCAAAUACUCGCUAAAUCCAAUAAGAUAUCGUUUUAUAGGACAACGCAAUAGUAGAUCCUUAGAUAUAAUGUAGAUACUUACAAGAAAAUAAAAACGUACCAGCUUCAAAUGAAGCCUAUUAAAAAUAUUAGAAAUAAGUUACAGAGUAUGCUCAUGUAAUUUUACAAAGAACUUCUAUUGUUAAGGCAGAACAAAAGCUGAGACUUUUUAAAUAUAAGAUAUUUGUAAUUCCAGCAAUUAUUGAAAAUAUAAAACAGCCUGCUAGGUGUAUCAAUUGCCAUGUAUCUUAAGUCAUGGAGUUAAAAUACCUACUCUCUAGUUUUUAAACAUAAAAAGACUUAUAUAAAUAGCAAGUAAAGCAAUUAAAAUGCCCUUUGUGUGAAAAAAUGUUUAACUAUAAUAGUUUUAUUCCAAAUGUUGUAUAUUUUGAUAAAAACUUGUUUGAUGCUUUUGACCAAGGAUUUUUAGAAAAGUCUGGUCAAACCUAUGUUUAUGAUGGGAAAAAAUUAAUGAAAGAUGAAUUUCUUUAAAAAUAAAAAGUUGAAUUAAUAGAAUUUAAGAAACAUCUCUAAAAAGACAAUGAAAAUUAAAUAUGCACUUUUACUUAACUCUAUUGUUGUUCAAAUCCAGCAAUACCCAUUAGUCUGCCAUUAAUUCUCAAGAACUGCCCAGAAUAGAGAAUAGUCGAUUUUGAAAGUUUUUAUUAUAGCAUUCAAUAGUUAGAGGUGGACAAUUAUGAAAAAUAAUGUCUUAAAUUUUGUAACUGCUAAUAUUGCUCCAAUCAUCCAUUUUCCUUUGAAGAAUUAGCUUUUAAUGUGUAUUUUCAUGAAGCAUUUUAUAUUGCUUUGACUCAAUUUAAUAAAUCAAAGUCAAAAAACAAGCCCGACUAAUUUACAUAUGAUUUUAAGUCAAAUAGGAUUAUCGAAGAAUCGGUUCAUUCUAAGUCGAUUAAAAGCAUUCAUAUUAAUAUUAAAUCAUUUUAUUAAGGAUUUACAAGUUUAUAAGAUGAUAAAUACAAAGAAAACUUUUUGCCAUAUUAGAAAGAGCCUAACAAAAUGUUUUGUGCUUAUGUUACUUCGAACUAAAUAACUACGGAACUCGCAAUAUUACAAAACAAUAGAGAAGGUUAUAAAGGAGAUGCAAGUACUAAGUUAAAAUAGGUCAACGAAAAAAUGAGAAAUAAUGAAAUUGCCAAGAAAUAUGGUUUUGUAAUUACUGAAACGAAUUCGCAAUUUAAAGACGGAUUCAUAAAAUUAGCAGUCGGAAAUGCUAGCUCGAAGUAAAAUUGA